AAACGCUUGUUUUUCAAGUCCAUUCAUGAUCAGUCCUGAAGAUCUUGAUUCAUAAUGACGCCUCGAAGUGACAGUCGACCGACGUUUGAUACAUUCGUUCAUUCACCGUCACCUGUCUUACCACUGAAAAGAGCGAAUCACGAACAUGAAGUCUUAGACGAGAUACCGACCCAAACGGCAGAGCAGCUCGCACAAGCGCUCAAUAUGUCUGCAAGGACCGUACAUCUACCACAAACAAACACAACUUCAUUUCCAAUAAUGCGGUCGGCUGCCGCGCUGGCCUCACAGAGACGGGGCACCACAAUUACCAAGUUUCCAACCCAUUUUCUUCCGCUGGAUAAACUCCUGGAGGGUGGUAUUCCGCGAGGUCGAAUCCUGGAAUUGUCGGGUCCCCCUGGGGCUCCGAAGGGAAGGGUCGCUGUGGGAGUCGUACGCUCCUUCCUCGAAGCAGAAGAGGGAGUGCUCUUUGUAGACUGCCAAAACAUGUCAAAUCCCAGAAUACUCGAGGAGACUUUGAAAGACCUACCCAACCAUCAGACCCUUCUGUCUUACUUGAAAGUUUCUGCUCUGCUUCAAUUUGUGAUAUUCAUCCAUAAUCUGGGUACUUAUCUGUUGGCACAUCCUACAUUAUCUCUCCUCGUCAUAGAUACUAUAUCGUUCCCUUUUCAGAGCACGACAGAUAUCAAAACUUCGGCCAAAACCUCAAUGUUUGAUCAAAUCAAACGAACCUUAGUUCAUGAUUGCGCUGCUCACAACUUGACCGUCGUGAUCACCUCCCAACUAGCCACGAAACUGUUUAACCCUGAUGGAUCACCCGGAAAUUUUGAAUCGGGGGCGAAGGGCGUAUUAGUGCCGCAACUGGGGCCAGCAUACCUUCCUGCAGGAAGAACGUAUCGUGUCAUCCUUUCCCGAGAGACGGCUGACACCGGGCUGGUGCGCAUACUCUCUUCACCAGAGGGUCCUCGGUCAACGAUGGGCUCGUACGAGCCCUUCCAUUGGUCUCCCCACUAACGUUGCUUCCAGCGCACACAGCUCUAGAACAAAAUGAACGAUCAUCCUCUACCAGAUACAAUUUCGUUCGGUGUCACAACCAUAUCCAUUUUCCAAUCACUCUCGUCCACAGGAACCGAAUGACCUUCCAUCAUUUGUUCUCGAAGAGAUAACGCAACUAUGAGAAGACUGUGAACCUCUAAACUGGACUGUAGGAGCGAAGUAAUUUACCGAGUAAUGGAGGCGGGCGGCCAGUCACCGUAUAAGCCGAGAGGUAUUGAUCGUAAUAUCCCUUUCCAUGUCCUAGCCUCGACAUUGAGUUAUCAAAGGCCACACCUUCAGAUUGGUUGUUCCUUUUCGUCAAAUAUCAAUGCCUGAUGUCAGGAAUCUCAUUCACCUGGAACGAUUACCAUAUCCAAUCCUUCAUCCGAGGCUGAUAAAAAGUCCGAUUGGGUAAAUGCAAGGAAUGAAUCAGCUCAAAUACACACCGUUUGCCCUAGGCUGACCUGAGAAAUCGCUGGUGGGCUCCUUUAUUCCCCAUAAUCCGCUAGGUAACGAGUUCAAAUCAUCGUUGCUGUAAACUCGCACUAAGUCCAUACGCCCUGGUGUCUUCUUGUCGAUUUUCGGAACGAACAGCGUCUUGCCUAGAAGUCCAUCAACAUCAUGCUUAGCAGCCAAUUCUCAAGGCCUCACCGCACUUGAGAAUCUCUGAAACGAUGUCUGAGGUGUCCAGUUCGCCGGAGGGCAUGCUAAGAUAGCAGCUGAUGUUUUGAGAUUGUCGGAAGUGUGGAAGUUCCAGCACUUUUGCUGAGACUAAUUUUGCUGUUCAGACCGAGUAUAAACGAGGUGAAACGGUCGGUCAAGUAUUAGGCACAUUGCUCAUCGAUACUCGACGCAGCGAGAGUUCGUAAAACAGAGGACACAGAUUUUCGCAGGGCCUCCUUUUGUGCAACAACGACGUUCAUGAUGUCCUGCAAGACUUCUAUGGAAACUUCUGACUCGAGAGGGGGUAGAGGACCAAGUCGGUACGAGAAAGAGCCGAAUACGCUCAGCGCUCG